AUGUUGGUCGUCAACAGUCGCGAUGCCCUUCUCAGUGGCAAAGGAACGAACGAUGCCGCACCAAAGACCAAUGGCUCCAUGCAUGAGCCAUUCGUCUUUGUUCCUAUUACGCAGUCCGAGGCCGCCAAGGGCAGAGGUGCAGCGAAGCGUAUUGUCAGAGCCCAUGUGACAAGGGUACAGCAUGCCAAAUCCAGCACUCUCAACGGCAUGGACCUUCAAUCUUGGACAGUCAAGCCGUACAUCCAUCGAGACGUCCAGGUUCGUAAGAAGCCUCGAGCGAACGGCGCCGCGGAGAAGAAGGCUCCAGCUGUGAAGACCCGGAAGAGCCCCAGUGUAGAGUCGUCGACAUCUUCAGAUUCCAGUGACAGUUCGAAAGCUCUUGUGAAGAUACCAAGGAUCGCGGACAAUGGAGCGGAAGACCCGUUUUGGUCGUUCCCAGUGGAUUACAAGCCAGAAAUUGCCCCCAUCUUCGCACAUUACAUUCAAAACAUCGCCGUGGACAUUGCUGAUGUCGAUGGUCCAAAUCAAAAAGGCCUUCUCCGAAGGGAGCUCUUUCCUCUUUGCAUGACCGAAGCUUCAACCAUGUAUGCGGUCCUGCUUAUGGGAGCCUCACACUACUGCAUCGUGAAUCCUCACAAAGCAUCACUGAUCGAUCUACUCGCACUUAAGGCACGAGCGCUCUCAGAGAUCAAUUCGGCAUUGACAGACCCCAAGAAAGCAGUCACCGACGCGGUUAUCAUGGCUGUAGCUAAGAUUGCCGCGUAUGAAUCUAUCUUUGGGGAUUCAGAGGUGUUUGCCGCGCACAUGAAAGGCUUGCAGAUGAUGCUCAAGAUGCGAGGUGGUCUAUCGACUCUGGGACUCAACGGCCUGCUGGAGCGAAUGCUAGUCUGGAUCGACCUUAACGCUUGCCAUUUGACUGGACAGACGGUAUUCUUGGGCGGAGACGAUUUUCCUACCAUCGUCGAGUUCGAAGGGCCGGAUCCAUUCCACUUUGCGGGCAUCUCAUGA